GUCAGUAUGACUUUCUAUUAUUCAAAGGCGUUCAUUUGUGAUGGUUCGGUUGUCCAGUGUUGGUAAAUGACGUCCAAACUGGCUUGAACGUGAAUAUGCAAGAUUGGUGAGACUGAGUAAGCAGCAAUACCGUAAUGCAUCCAAGAUGACUUCAAAUGUCCGCAAAGUUAGAGACCAAGAUAGCAAUCCGUGCAUUGAGGAAAGUGAUGGUUCUCGGAAGUGUUUAGAUGCCAAUAACUACAAUAAAGAUAUGUGUACAGCAUAUUUUCAACGAUACAAAAACUGCAGAAAGUUUUGGCAUGAAAUAAUGACAACGAGGAGAAAAGGGGGAGUGAAGCCAGAAAUGCCCACAGCAGAGGAGAGGCAGCAGAUCCUGGCAGACAUUGGAAGGAUGCCAUAUUGAAGCUGGACACUUUCACCGUCUUUUUUGCACUAAUGUAUUUUUUUGUGGAUGCAUUCGGUUAUUCAGUACUGAUUUAGACCUGUGUGGAAAAUGGUGAGCAUGAAUAUGCAUUUAUUCUGAACAAUUUAGGUCUACUCUGUAUACAGCCACAGCAUGUGAACCAUACGUGCAAAAAACCUAUUUUAUCACCACUCCUAAAGUACUAGUGGUCAAAAUGGAGAGAAAACCCUGCUUAAUUUCAGACCUGUUGAACCUGCGAUGAGUAGCUCUAAUGUAAAUGAAUUUUACUCAUACUGUAAGCAGUGACCAUGUUCUGACUUCAUGGUCUUUGUGAGGCAAGGGUAAUCAUGCGUGUACACACAAAUAGACAUAUGUACAUACGUAUAUACAUAUACAGAUGUUUCAUCCAUUCUUAUGCAUUGUGGUAUUUUAUUCAUCGUAAUUCUAUGCUUGGUAUAUGGAGUAUGCGGGGGGUAUAUGGGCAGCCUGUAGCAUAGUCGUUAAGGUACAUGACUGGGACCCGCAAGGUGUAGCCACAAUAAGAUCCACACAUCCACCCUUGAGCAAGGCCCUUAACCCCACAUUACGCCAGGGAAGAUUGUCCCCUGCUUAUUCUAAUCAACUGUAAGCUAAAUAACAUGUAAUGUAAUGAAAAUGUAAAUUACUUUAUAGGCUCAGGAGCUAAGGGCAGUUGUCUGGUUGUGUCGAAGUGUCCCUGAGCAAGACACCUCCAAGUGCUCCUGACGAGCUGGUUGGUGCCUUGCAUGGAAGCCAAUUGCUGUUGGUGUGUACGUGUGUGUAUGAAUGGGUGAAUGAGAAGCUUCAAUUAUACAGCACUUUGGAUAAAGGCAGUAUAUAAAUACAGACCAUUUAUAUACUGCCUACAAGUCCUUAAAGACAUUUUAUUAAUUUAAACAAAAAUCAUUUUCACAUGAGCUUGCAUGUUAAUCUGUAUACCCUCUCUUCUCUCUCAUACUGUAUGUUUUACACACAAUUCGAGCUAUGUCAGACUUCAGUAUCACUUUCCAUGUGAGUUUAAGCCUAUUUGUUUUAUGAAUACCUAAUUUAAUGAAUACCUCAUUUAAGCCUAAUUGUUUUUUCUUGAUAAGAGCGUCUGCCAAAUGCCAUUAAUGUAAUGUAAUGAAUACAUUAAGAUUAUGCUACUGUAUGAGCAAUAUAAUCUCCUAAAAUGGGCUAAAUAAUUUUUGGUCAUUGAUCAAUAGUAAAGAAUUGGGUGGAUCUGUAGUUCCACAGUUUUGCCAUGAGAGGACAGUUCAGACAUCUGUGAGGGGAUGUGACUGUUUUUCUGAAUCACUAGAUGGUGCUGUCUGUCCACUGAAAUGUCAACCUUUGUAUAAAAAAAUUCAGUUGUGAGCAAAUUGCAAUAAUAGUGACUUAAUGCUGUUUGUUAUUCUAUCGAUCUUUGGUAGGUGGUGAAGUAAGCAUGUUUUUUUUAAAUAUAAACUGUCAACUUGAUGUUUUUUUGUAAAAAUUUGUAAGACAUUUAACAUAUCUGGCUUGCAUUUUAGAUGCUUGAGAAGCAUUUCAGUAUUCUCAUUGACAUCAUUGGUCAAUAAUUGCUUAUUUAAAGCAACAUUAAACAGUUACUUGAAUCAAUGGCAGUAAUUGACAUUGAUAUUUGAACCUUUUUCAGUAUAAGGAUUCUAAUCCAAUUUUGGUUGCGGUGAGGGUCAGGUUAUAAAAUACAUUGGACCUGCUCAUCAGGAUAGGCAAUUAUCCGUGUUAAGUCACAAUUUGCUCAUCAAACAACUAAACGGUAAAGACAGCUAAAAAGACAUACUGUACCCCUCCUACACAUGCCAGGAACAGGAGUGACUAAUACCCUCUGCCGUGUUUGAGCUGCGGCUUAUUUGCAUGCAGGGACAGACAUUGUUAUGAUUCGACAGGCUGUUAUCAGGAGUGGGUGUUGAGAAGUCAGCUUCAUAACAUGCCCCACACAGCCCUUUCAUUUGGAAGGACUUAACCCACCCCAGUGAAAUGCUGGAAUCAACUCCCACAACCACCCCAUCUGACAGUUUGUUCUGAUACAGUGGUCACGCUAAUGUCAACACUUGCGAUUUCCGUGAAUAAAAAGGAUGGUGCAUGCAUUGUGUAAAUGCCCCAAAUUAAACUUGUUUUUGGCUGACCAGCUAUAGAUCAGUGUGGGGAAAGUGAGUAGGCUAUUCCACUGGAGAAACAUGUUGCACAGUCGGUAAAGCCAAAGAGCUGUAUGCAAGUAAUGAAAGCAACGAAGGAGAGACAGAGAGACAGAGAUUAAAUAUUUAAAAUUUGUAAUGUUCAACAAUCAAGACUGAUAUGCAAGCUCAUUUGAAAUAUGACAACAAAUAGGCCUAAAUGGGGCCCACUUUCCCCCCUUACAGGUUCUGGGCAAAAACAAUUAAAACUAAAAUGAAGACUA